AUGUCCAUUGACCAGGCGUCACCACUCGUGCCGAUCAAACCUCAAGUAGCACUACAAAACGGAGCGUUCAUUAAAAACAGUCACAACCGAAGCAGUUUCUGUGGUGUGGUUCCAUCGUCGAACAGUAAUGGAACGUUCAAAACUUUCGCUGUUAAUCGUAAGAGUUGGAGUGGAAACGUGACUCUUCCACUUCAACAGUUCACGCCUGAGGCAGAACCAACUCCCCAUCUGGCAACUUUCCGUUCCGGGACGGGAACGUUCCCGAGAAACAGGGAACGGAACAAUAAUGUAACGAAUGGAAUAUUAACACCUAACGGGAAUUCUGUUCAGACGUUCAGAGGAAAUGAAGUGAGGAGGUGCGGAAGCUCAAAUGGCAGACGUUAUGCCGAGAUUGGGAAUUGGAAUAAAAGGUGA